AUGUACUACUUAGAUGAUCUGCGCAAACAAAGAGUAGACAUCUCAGAUUUCACCUUAGACUGGCUGCCCGAAUUUCCUCCAGAUUUCAUAAAGAGGACACAAGAACCAUCUAAGAAGACAAAGCAGGCAAAGAGAGCAAAGCUGGGAGAACCAUCUGGAUCAAGACCUCCAGUACCUCUGGUUGGAUCACCUGGUAAGUCUGUACCUCUCCCUCCUUCUGUAAAAAUUAAACCAGUUGUUUCCUCACUCCCUCAACCUUCGCCCAUAUACACAACCUCUGAAACUCCUCCCUCAACCUCUAGACCAUCUAACCAACCUUCUCAAAAAUUUAACCUUACCACCACAUCUCUACCUGUUUCAAAAGCAGAAAUGCUGAACGAAACCACUUCACCCUCCUCAUCACCAUCUCCACAAUCCCCAUCGUACUACACCCUCUCAUCUGACACUGAACCUUCUGACCCUCACUCUCUAACUUUGGCUCAACUUCAAAACCGUGCUCUGGCCUCUCAACAACCAACACACUCUAGCCCUGAACCAGAAGUUACCUCUCCACCAUCCGAGCCAAUCCACUAUGAACCACAACCAUCCCAACCACAACACUCUGAAAUAACCCAACCAACUCCUUUCCCUGACCCACAAACUUCCACACUUAACUUAAGCCCCCUACCUCUCCAUCCCAAGCCUUUGAACCAGAAACCACUCUUCUGA